UUCACAGCCUUCGUUUCCCAGACAUCACGACUAAAGUUCACUGCCGAGACAUCAAGUUGUUGUUGUUUUUUUCGUGAUAUUAUUUUAUUUACAAAGCCAUGGUUUCGUUCAGGGUUUUAUUUUGAAGUCCCUUACAGGAACCUCGCCACAUUACAGCAUGUGACUUACCGGUUUCCAGCCGGGUUGUUACGGUUGUUACACUCCCACCUCCCCUGCCCUCUCCUCCCGUCUCACACGGGCUGCGGGGUAACAAAGACGAGACAACGGGAGGGGGAUGAUGGGAGCUCGGACCACAAAUCCCACUACAAAACUGAAACCGCUUCGCUUUUCUCAUUUUUCCAUGUAACGGAUCGUUUUAACAGCACAUUUUAAGAUCAAAGUUCAACCAACGCGGCUGCGCCCCGGAUCGAUUUUAAACCUGAAGCUUUCGAUCUUGGGAGGAAGAAAAGAAAGAAAGAAGCGAACUACAGUAUGUUGGACUGCCGACACUAGAGCCGAAUGACCGGAGAAACACUAACGGACAUGUCUGAAUGACUGUGGGGACCACAAGCCAAAAAGGUUGAGAAACAAUAACCUAAAGUUUAACACGUUCACCAUGUGACGAUGACAUGUUAACACUGACCUCUGCCCUCAAAGCCUGACCUGUGAUCGGUCAGGGCUUAGAGAGAAAGCACUCGGCGAGAGAAGACCCCCUCCAGCUACGAUGUCUGUCCAGGAGGCGUCCGAAAGGCAGACGUCGCCGUUGGCCGUCAAGCCAGAGGCCAAGCAAAGACCCGAGAUCCCCCCGAAACCGUCGGCUCCGCCCGGCUCUCCUCCUCUGGGAGACGGAGGCAGCGCCGCGAGCCUCCCCUGUGGGAAAGUCAAAAGGAUUGUGAGCAAGUUUAGCAAGCAGGAGUCCGUGUCGAGCGAACCCGAGGAGCGGCCCAGCAACGGUACCUCAGAACUCAAGCGGCUCAGAAGGCCUCCGACGGUAAAGCCCAAACCGUGCCGCACCGGGCUGCGGCUUCAGGCGACGGCAGAGCAGGCUCCUCCGCUGCCUCUGAAGAGGAGCCGCAUCCUGCAGAGACAGAGGGAGAGCGAGGGGGGAGACGAGGGCGACGGCAGCGGCGUGGAAGGAGGCCGAUCAGCGCCGGACGGAAAGGAAGUGGAGUUUCAGCUGAUCGGAGGAGGCGAAGCCGAGGCGGAACACAGUCCAGACUCCCCCCUCAGUCCGUGCUGCGGCCCAGGCUGCAGCUGCGUGUGCCAUCGCCAGCGGCCUGGCAUGAAACUGAUAUGGGUGCCGGUGGACGUGGAAGAUGGUGGGCAGGAGGUCGGCGGUGGAGGGGAGGACGAGAGCGACGUGGAAGAGCAGGACGGGGAAGAUUGGGAGGAGUAUGAGGAGGUGGAGCCAGGAGGGGCAGGGGAAAGCGAGGAUGGGUUUUCUGAGGGCGAUGACAACGAGGCGUCUAAACAAGACAAGUCGAAGUUCAACCAGUCUUUGGAUGUUUUGAUCUCUGAGGGUUACAGGAGGCGGUCGGACCCCGGGCCUCACAGUGUCCUCGCCUCUCUCACCGUCACUCGCUCCCAGUCGCCCCCUGUUCCCCCGAAACGAUCUAAGUCACCCCCAGUCCACCACACGCCCCCGCAAAGCGAUGAAGACAAUAUUUACGAGGCCACACUUCCAAUGGUCGACCCUGCUCUUAAAAAGACCACGCCUCUGUGCAAGGAACUGGAUAUUCCUCUAAUCAAGGUGCGCAAACCGGCCCUUCGGUCUAAACUGUCGUACAGCACCUCGGACCCGACAUCCGAGUUUCAGACGAACGACGGACCCUUGGCAAGGCCGGACAAUGUGCCGCCCGCCAUCCCGCCGAGGAUGCCUGUGAUUCCAGACGUCCGCAGCCUCACGCCGGUGCACAGAGCCGGCAUUCCCCUCCCGCAGCCCACCCUGGAGGAGUGGCGCGCCCUGCGACCUUCGUCACCAAGCAGCUCCACUGCCAGCGGGCUGAGCCCCCAACGAGCCAUCACUCCACCCCCAGCCACCCUCCUCGUACCGCACAGACCCCCUCCUCCUCCACCAAAGACGGAUCCUCGGAGGCUCAGCAGCGCCUCACUACAGUCCCUCGCACCGAAAAAAGAGGGAGAGGAGAACGGAGGAAAAGAGGGAGAAAAAGAGGCCUCAGUGGAAGAACUGAGGGAGUCUUCGUUCAGCUGGGAGUCCCGCCUGCAGGACGAGCCUCUGUACCAAACGUACCGUGCCACCGUCAUCAACAAAGAAAUCCGACGACAGACAGUCUGCCGAAACAUCAGUAAGACUAGUGUGGACUAUGCGAUGGACUUGACCGCCCGUCGCGCUGGGGCCGGCAGCGGUGCUGCCGUUGGAAACGGACCCCCCAGGGGCAGCCCCGUGGCCACGCCCGCCCAGAGCACCCUGUGGCAGGACCUCCCAGAUGUACGUGACAGCAGGGUGCUGGAGCAGCUCACCCCUGAGCAGUGCAAGUACCAGGAGAGUAUGUUUGAGGUUUUGACGUCAGAGGCCUCUUACCUCCGAUCCCUGCGCGUCCUGAUCGAACACUUCCUGGACAGCCGGGAGCUGGAGGACACGAUGAUCAUCAGGGACAAGAAAACUCUCUUCUCCAACAUCCUGAGGGUGCAAGAGGUCAGCGAGAGGUUCUUGAAAGACUUGGAGGACCGCAUAUUCGAGGACCUGGUCUUCCCGGACAUCUGUGACAUUAUCCAUUAUCACGCCCAGCACAAGUUCCCCGCCUACAUCGACUACGUUCGCAACCAGAUCUACCAAGAAAAGAUCUUCACUACACUCAUGAAGAACAACGUGCAGUUUGCUGCAGUCAUCACUCGUCUCCAAGAGUUGCCUCAGUGCCAGCGGCUGCCCUUCAUGUCCUUUUUGCUGCUGCCCUUCCAGCGCAUAACGCGCAUCAAAAUGCUCACUGAGAACAUCCUGAAGAGAACAAAGGAGGGGACGAAAGAAGAGGAGACCGCCUCCAAGGCUUUGGCCUCCAUGUCGAAGAUCAUUGACGAGUGCAACACUCAGGUGGGAAAGAUGAGACAGGUGGAGGAGCUGAUCCAUGUCUCUCAAACGCUGGAGUUCGACAAGCUCAAGGCCAUCCCGAUCAUCUCUCAGAAUCGGUUUCUGGAGAAGAAGGGAGAGCUGCAGGAAAUGUCCAAAGGAGGAACUAUCUUCAACAUGAGGGCCAAGUUCACUCCUGUCAACCUCUUCCUCUUCAACGAUCUGCUCCUCAUCGCUUCCAAGAAGGGUGCGGAGCGCUUUGUGGUUCUCGACCACGCCCAUCGCUCUCUGGUGCAGGUGCAGCCCCUGGAUGAAGGUGGGAGCGGCGGCGGCCCCUACGAGCACUGCUUCAACCUCACCCUGCUGGAAAACCAUCAGGGGCGCAUGAUGGAGCGACUGUUCAAAGCUCCCUCCCAGUCAGACAUGCACAGGUGGAUGGCGGCUUUCCCCAACCCCACAAUCCCAGCCACAGAUGAAGACGAAGUGAUUUAUGACGAUUGGGACUGUCCUCAGGUGCAGUGUGUGGAGCAGUACACUGCCCAGCAGGCAGACGAGCUCACCCUGGAGCCCACUGAGAUUGUCAACGUCAUCCGCAAAACCAACGAGGGCUGGUACGAAGGGAACCGUCUGUCAGACGGUCAGAAGGGCUGGUUCCCCGUGGGAAACGUCAUAGAGAUCACCAACGAGCACGUGAGGAGGCGAAACCUCCGAGAACGCUACAGGGUUAUUCAGGCUGCGAGUGUGGUUUCCUUUUCCAACAGCAAGAUCCGCACCACUAUUUAGAGUCGGUGGAUCCAAGUCGUUUACAUUUAACCUUUUUUUUUUUUUUUAAAAGAACUUUAUAUGGACACGCUGUACAAAGACUAUUCUGGGGGCUUUAUUGGUUUAACUGUCAGGAAAUGAAAGCUAAAAGGAGAACAGCGAUAAUCACGAGACGCCAUAACAGAGCUGCGAUCAUCACCUUAUUUAUACUACUGGAGUGUGUGUGCGUUUAAGCAGCAGGGAUAGUGGCUCAUUUACUGAUGCUCAAAGAAACUAUGUGGUAUGCGCAUGUUUGCAUUCAACAACAGAGACCAGCGUCUUCGCAGCACCGCAGCUGGAGAGUUCCUCGUACCGACGCCCUGCAUUAUCGUCUCCUCACGCGCACAAAAAAAAAAAAACGCCACAUCGACGUCAUAGUAAUCAUUCUUGCUAUAGCCCGGCCAGACCGCACAAACCUGCUCGGGAGGAAAAGAGACGAGGCGUUCCUGCAAACGCCUCUCCCGGUCAAAGUCGUCACACAUGCACACUCGAGUUAAAUCCUCUCAUUCCUGCCACGCACAACAACCUGCCGAGUGGAACGCAAGAUGCGACACGCAUUACUGGUUAAAGAUUGACUGACCGAAAAAGGAAUCGCUCUCACCAGAAGACAAUCCUAUAGAGAAUCUAGUCAGUGAUUUCCAUAAACCGAAACAGCCCGAGGGAUCGACUAAAAGAGCGGUGGGAAUGCAUGUUUACGCCGUUUCAGGAGCCGUUGCUGUUGUAGCUCGUGUCACUAGCCAAUCGUGGAAUAAUACUGUAGCUCCCCCUGGAGCACGUCGUCAGUGAAGAGUUUUGUAUUAUUUAUGGAUCGACUGUAAAAUGUACAAUAUGUUGUAAAUAAUGAGUGGGGGAUUUUUUUCCCCCUACGAAAACACAAGUUGUGCUUUUAAUAAAACCUUUUCAGCUACA